AUGGCCUCUACCGAAUCCAUCCUCCAGGGCGUCAACGUCCUCGGUGCCGUCCAGCACCACCAGCGCGAGAUCCUCACUCCCCAGGCCCUCGCCUUCCUCGCCCUCCUCCAGCGCUCCUUCAACGGCCGCCGCAAGGAGCUCCUCGAGCGCCGCAAGAUCCGCCAGGCUGACCUCGACAGGGGCGCCCUCCUCGACUUCCUUCCUGAGACCAAGCACAUCCGUGAUGAUCCCACCUGGAAGGCCGCCCCUCCCGCCCCCGGUCUCGUUGACCGCCGAGUUGAGAUCACUGGUCCCACGGACAGGAAGAUGGUCAUCAAUGCCUUGAACUCUGAUGUUUGGACUUACAUGGCUGAUUUCGAGGACUCCAGCGCUCCCACCUGGGAGAACAUGCUCAACGGUCAGGUCAACUUGUACGACGCCAACCGUCGCCAGAUUGACUUCAAGCAGGGCCCCAAGGAAUACAAGCUCCGCAGCGACCGCACUCUCCCCACCCUCAUCGUCCGCCCCCGUGGGUGGCACCUUCUUGAGAAGCACGUCACUGUCGAUGGCGAGCCCAUGUCCGCUUCUCUCUUCGACUUCGGUCUCUACUUCUUCCACAAUGCCUUCGAGACCGUGAAGAGGGGUUUCGGUCCUUACUUCUACCUCCCCAAGAUGGAGUCCCAUCUCGAAGCCCGCCUCUGGAACGACGCCAUCAACUUGGCUCAGGACUACAUCGGCAUGGCCCGCGGUACCGUCCGUGCCACCGUCCUCAUCGAGACCAUCGCUGCCGCCUUCGAGAUGGACGAGAUCAUCUAUGAGCUCAGGGAUCACUCUUCCGGUCUCAACUGCGGUCGUUGGGACUACAUCUUCAGCGUCAUCAAGAAGUUCAGGCAGAACUCCAACUUCGUCCUUCCCGACCGUGCCUCGGUCACCAUGACCGUCCCCUUCAUGGAUGCCUACGUCAAACUCCUCAUCCAGACCUGCCACAAGCGUGGUGUCCACGCCAUGGGUGGUAUGGCUGCUCAGAUUCCCAUCAAGGAUGACAAGGCUGCCAACGACAAGGCUAUGGAGGGCGUCCGUGCCGACAAGCUCCGUGAGGUCCGCGCCGGCCACGACGGAACCUGGGUUGCCCACCCCGCUCUCGCCAGCAUUGCUUCCGAGGUCUUCAACAAGUACAUGCCUACCCCCAACCAGCUCUUCAUCCGCCGUGAGGAUGUCCACAUCACCGCCAACGAUCUCCUCAACAUGAACGUCCCCGGCAGGAUCACCGAGGAUGGAAUCCGCAAGAACCUCAACAUCGGCCUCGGCUACAUGGAGGCCUGGAUCCGCGGUGUCGGUUGCGUGCCCAUCAACUACCUCAUGGAGGAUGCCGCCACCGCCGAGGUCUCCCGCAGCCAGCUUUGGCAGUGGGUCCGCCACGGCGUUACCACCGCCGAGGGCAAGAAGGUUGACAAGGCCUACGCCCUCAAGCUUCUCUCCGAGAGCGCCGACGCGCUUGCCGCUAAGGCCCCCAAGGGUAACAAGUUCCGCCUUGCCGCCCAGUACUUCGCCGGCCAGGUCACCGGUGAGGAUUACGCCGACUUCUUGACGACCCUCCUUUAUGACGAGAUUACGACCGUUGGCACCGCCCAGCCUGCUUCGAAGCUUUAA